AUGUCCUCGAGCGAAGAUGGUGCGAUCUCUGCACGCAGCUCAUGGCAGUGCUCAUCACAGAAACAGCUGUCUGAUGUUCUCACAGCAACACAAGACAACAGUCCAAACGAUGACUGGGGAAAAAAUGAAUAUAAAGUAUCAGGUGACUUGUCACACACUGAUGGUUCUGGAGAUAAGAGGCAUUUCUACAAGAAUCAUCUGUUGCUUUAAAACCCUGUUGCAUCCUGUGAGGUAAAGCUGCUCUCUCUCGGUGGCCGCUCGUCUGUGGCUAUCGCCCAUGUGGGUGUGGUACUGGAGACGCCCAAGGACAGACAAGGUGGGCCGAGUGUAGACCCAGGCAUAGACCUUCAGCGUGUGCAGAUUAUGAUGGAUGAGAUGGGCACCAACCUUUCACCAGGAGCACAGAACCUCAUGGAGCUGGUGCAGUGCCAGCAAAAGAAUAAAUCAGACGUGUUCAAUGGAUUCAUUCCUCUGCUCAAGGGAGGAGGAGCUUUGAGCUGUCUGUCAAGAGGAGGUGGGGCUUCCAGUUCUGCUGGAGUGGAGUCAGGCCCAAAUCCACCAUCUGGCCUCGGGCAGCUUCUGCCUAGCAGCAAUCAUAACCAGAUACCCGGUGCCAUGUCUGCCCUGCUGAGCACUGACACAGGCACGAUCAACCCAGACCUGCUUCCAAUGCUGCAGAGCGUAUGCGGUCAGGUCACGCAGCUCCGACUGGAGGAAGCCACAUCUCCAGAGAGGAAGAAGAAUGGAGAACGGGAGGGUCAUAUAUGCUGUGGAGGGUUUGAGAAGAUUCUGGAGACGGUUGUAGAGAAGCGAAUGGAUGAGAUGGAGAGAAGAUUAAAGGAACAUCUGGACUUGUGUCUGGAUGCUCUUCAGCAGAGACUGGAGAUCACACUUCAGCAGGCGCUCUCUCAUAAGCAGCACCAGUAAACAACAUCCACCAACACACAGGACUAACCUGAACACUUUUAGCAAGAUCUCCGCCCUGAGCUUUUACUUCAAUUGCAACUGUAUUAUUCUGUGUAGGUACAUUUAAUUCAUGUCAACCAUCCCUUUAUAACAAAAAUGGUUCUAACAUGUUUGUUUUGCCUGCAGUCUCUACUGCUUUGUGUGGAAAUGGUUUACGGUUUAACAGCAAUCCCUGGUCUUUAUGUGCCCAUCCCUAGAGACUGUCCUGACAUGGUUUAUGUGGUAAUUAACAGCUUGACAAGUCAGUUCACUAACGUGAGUCCACAGACAGUAUCAGAUGACCUUCACAAAUCACAACUACUUGUGGAACUGUUCUUAAUAACACUGUUGAUACUAUGGCUGCAUCCGAAAACUCUAAAAUGCUGCCUUCGGAGGCAGCAUUCCUAGGCAGGAAUGCAGCAAGGCACAUCCGAAUUUUAAUUCUGCUUUACUUCCUGUCUCCGGAGGUACCUCCUUCUGAUCGAUUUUUGAAGGCAGCA